AGCGAGAAAAUCGCUCAUAACUUGCCUUAUUACUGGCACUUAUGAUUUUCCCGGAAAAAGGGCAUGGUAUCGUGCGGUAACUUAGUCCAAGUCCGUCCGUCUAUUCGAGUACGGGAUCGGAUAAGGGACUGGGGAGAGGGGGUGUGUGCAAUGGGUCAUCUGAUAAUUCGCCUUUCUUUCCUCUUCCCCUACUGAUUUGUUUUAGAUAACUCACAAUCAAUAGAUCAAAAUCAAAGAAUCAGAAUGCUUUUUUCUCUCCCCCUCCCUCCAUGACAAACACUCUUACCCACGCUGCAUGCAUCUCCCCCCUCUUUUGGUAAGGGUUUGAUCCGUGAUAACCAUACACCAACGACCACUGCAUCAUCAGAUAAUGCGCCUCCAAGUCGCCGUGCGCCCUCCCUCCUCUACCUCAGCCCAUACAACUGUCCCCGAACUUGCUUCUUCUUCAACUAUUUGACCCAUCCCCGGUUGCAUUGAAAGGCAGGGACGGAAAGAGGAAGAAAGAAUCACUUCUAUAAUCCCAAGAGACUUCCAGGUAGCGGGGGGAGUUGAUGGAAUCGGUAGACGGGCUUGCGUCCGUUGCGAAUUCGCGACAUCUUAUUCGCCAGCGUGAAUUGGGCGGGCUUCUAUCGUGGAGCGAACCUAUAUGAAAGGAAAAAAAAAAAGCGAGUAUCGGGGGCACCCCAAUCAAUCGUGUGCGUUUCUUGUGCCCGAACCCCCGCUGCCUGCUCAACUCACCGUCACCGCGCGGCUUGAGCCCUUUUUCUCCCUUGUCCGCAAAGGCCAUUGCUAUCACACUAUUUCCCCUCGCAGUAGUGAGCUCUGUGCCGUAGUAUUCCGGUCACUUUAGCGCAUUAUGCCCUGCCUAUCCCCACCUGCUCCUACUGUCUUACAAGGAUAUGCAUGGCCAUUGUCUAACAUUGGUAUUAAGAAGCAGGUCUUCCCAACCCCCUAGCACAAGACAAGCACUCCCAAUGUUCUCAUCACUCCCCCUGGUGUUAUUGUUAUCCCCGGCCACCGCAGUCCUCGCGGCCACCGUGACGUACAACUUCAAUAUAACAUGGACCACAGCGAAUCCCGAUGGUCUCUUCCCGAGGCGGACCAUAGGGAUUAACGGGAAAUGGCCUAUACCUACCAUCGAGGUUAAUAAAGGUGACAGGUUGAUAGUUAAUAUGUACAAUGGGUUAGGGGACCAAGAUACCAGCUUGCAUUUCCAUGGCAUUUUCCAGAAUGGCACGAGUUAUAUGGACGGGCCGGCCAAGGUUACCCAGUGUCCUGUUGCUCCGGGGCAAAGUUUUAAGUAUGAUUUUGUGGUCUGUGUACUCCCUUCCCCCUUUUCCCAAUCCUUAGACUUGGACUGAAGACCCCGCUGAAAACAGGUAAACCAACCAGGAACCUACUGGUACCACUCCCACGUGAAAGGCCAAUACCCCGACGGUCUUCGCGGAGCACUAAUAGUGCAUGACAACGACUCACCUCACAGAUCCCUCUACGACUCUGAAGUAGUGCUGACAUUCUCGGACUGGUAUCAUGAGCAAAUGGCGAGACUCAUAUCCCGCUUCCUCUCCGUGGCAAACCCUACGGGAGCUGAGCCAGUCCCGCAAUGCGCGCUCAUUAACGAAUCUCGGGACACCAAGGUUAAAGUUGAGCCUGGAAAGACGUAUCUCUUCAGGAUGAUCAAUAUUGGCGCGUUCGCCGCGCAAUACGUUUGGUUCGAGGGCCACACUAUGAGAGUCGUGGAGGUUGAUGGUGUCUAUACAAAGCCGAUGGAGGCCGGGAUGCUAUAUCUGACGGCCGCUCAGCGGGUUUCGGUAUUGGUAACUAUGAAGAAUGGUACGGGGGAGAAUUUCCCGUUUGUGGGGAGUAUGGAUCAGGCAUGGUGCUUCUUCCCAGGUAUUUGAGGGCGUUCUACUAAUGGGGGUAAUAAUAGGAUCUCUUCGACCAAGUUCCUAAGGGUCUAGAUCCAAAUGUGACCGGCCACCUCAUAUACUCCGACUCGAACAAGAACCCUCCAGCAAAAGAAAUUACAGAAUUCGAUCCUUUCGAUGACUUUCUCCUAGAACCCGAGGACGGAGAGGUCCUCCUGGAAAACCCGGACUACUCCUUCAACCUGGAUAUAGUAAUGGACAACCUCAAUGAUGGAGCAAACUAGUACACCUCUCCUUGCCCUCCUCUCGAUAAACUAUGCACUAAUAUGUCCAGCGCCUUCUUCAACGAAAUAACUUACGUAGCGCCCAAAGUACCGACACUCUACACCGCACUUUCCGCGGGCCAACACGCCACGGAUCCCACAAUAUAUGGCCGUGACACUCACUCAUUCAUCUUGAAUCAUAACCAGGUUAUUGAGAUUAUCCUAAACAAUUUGGAUCCGGGAAAACAUCCCUUCCAUCUUCGUACCAGCCCCACACACUCCCUACGCCCAAGAAUCGACCAUCACUAACAACUCUAGACGGCCACAACUUCCAACUCGUCCACCGCAGCCCGGACGACUCAGGACCCUACAACUCCACAUCCCUCCAAAACCCUCCCAAAAUCCCAAUGCGUAGGGACGUAGUCCUCGUGCGACCAAACGGAAACCUAGCCCUUCGUUUCCGCGCUGACAACCCAGAUAUGUCUCCCCUUCCACCACACCCUUCCCCGCCCUAGCUAAUAUCCCACACGGGUCUGGCUCUUCCACUGCCACCUAGAAUGGCAUAUGGUCAGCGGCCUCUCUGCAACCAUGGUCGAAGCUCCGCUAGAAAUGCAAAAGAGCAUGAAGAUCCCGGAGGAUCAUAUAAACCAGUGUAAAGACGCGGGCUUACCGACCGAAGGGAACGCAGCGGGGAAUACAGACUUCUUGGAUCUGCGGGGGGAGAAUCAGUCGCCGGGGAGGUUGCCGUCUGGGUAUGUUUCCUCCUCAUCUAUUGAUCCCUCGCAUUUUAGAUGGGACACUUAUGGCCAGUAG